CACCCUCCUCCUUCCCCCCCAGUUUAGGCAAAUGGACGCGUUGGGCGUAUAAAUGGGACGGGGAGCUUGACGACAGCCUGUAAUGCUGCGCCGGGUGCGGCAGUCUCUCCGGCAGGUGCUGUAUCUGAUGGCCCGCAGACCGGCUCUCCUCUGCGGGGCUGUGGUGCUCAGCGUCCUGCUCAUACUGGCCGUCAAAUUCACAUGCAGCCGUGCUAAGGAUGUGGUGGCAGCAGCUCGGCCUCCGCUGCGGUUCUUCUCUGCCGAGGCCCCGGUAGUCGACCUUUACUUGGGUCAGCUCGAUCAGAUGGAGCGUCUCAGGAGCGUGGCCGAGGUGUCUCUAAUUUUCUUCUACGCUCCCUGGUGUGCUCACUCGAUGGCCGCCCGGCAGGAAGUGCAGCUGGUAGCGAAGAAGCUGGCCAAACAGGUGCAGUUCGUGGCUGUUAACUGCUGGUGGAGUCAGGGGAAAUGCAGGAAGCAUAACCGCUUCUACCAGUACCCGAUCAUCCAGCUGUUCUACAGACGGUUCGGGCCAAUAGAGUACAAGGGUCCAUUUGUGGCUCGGUAUGUGGAGAGUUUCAUCUUGAGAGUCAUCACACCGCUGACAUACCUCUCGUCGAGAGCCACGCUGGAAGAGUUCCUCUCCUGUCACGAGCCUCGAGUGGUGGGUUUCUUCCAGUUUAACUCCUCUCCUCAGCCGCCAGGAUACAUCACGUUUCUGGCCUCUGCCCUGCAGGCUCUAAGAAGGGACUUCCGUGGCGUGAUACGUUUCGGGGUGGUGACCAACAGACACGUGGCAGACGCCAUCUCACUGAAAGAAGAUGAAACGGUUUACCUCCACAGAAGAUUUAACUCCUCUUUGAUUUUCCCUCGAAGGGAGCGUAACUUCACAUCAGAGGCCAUCUGUAGCUGGGUGUUUGAGCACCGUGAGACCGUCCUCCAGUGGCUGCAGCCCCCACAAACUAAGUCCCGUCUCCUGGAACACGAGCUGACGAAAGGUCCUGCGCUGCUGCUGUUCCUGCCACACAAUCCACUCGCACACACGUCCAACCCCAUCCUGCAGCAGGUUGCAGACAUCGCUGUGCGUUAUCAUUCCUGUAGCGAUAAACACCACUCCACCUCAGACAGAAGCUUCUCCUCCCGCUCGCCGUGCUGCCAGUCGGUCGUUCUCCCGGAGUCCAAUACGAGCGUGUGUGAGGUGUGCCUCAGCUUGUCAAGGCGGGACUCGACCAGCUCCUCAACGCACUGCUCGUUCCCCUCCACGGUUCCAGGAGGAGACGUGCUACAGUCUUAUCUUCGACACUGCUGCCUACACCAACUACCUGCUCCCGCGUCCAUAAAAACCGAGACCUCAUCGGGUUGUAUCAACUUUCUUAACAGUUACAGCCCGUUCAUCCAGUACAGUGCCUGCUGCAGAAAAGUAGAACCUCACCUCAAAAAUGAAUCUUCUUCACAAGCCAAAGAGGGGUCGGAAACACAAAGAGUUCCCCUUCCGCCUCCUCCUUCGUCCAUCCCUCCAUCGUCUGCCCCUCAGCAGGAGGGGGACGGCAUCACAGGUCUCCGCUGUCAGACCAAUAGGACGCUCAGGUUCUACGUGCUCGAUGUUGCUCUGAACUGGCCUCUGGCGGUGAGGCUCGGGGCUUCAAUCAACAGAAGCACUUCUCGUUACCAGGAGGCCGGUGCUCACGCUGACGGGAGUGGAGACGGGUCGUUUGCGACUAUCGUGAACCUGAAGGAUGAAAUUCAUUAUGUUCUUCACCGCAGCCCAGCGGCCACACUGACAGAGUCUCUGGAGGCCUUCAUCAGGAACUUCAGCGCUCCGCACAGCCUCUUGCAGAGACACUUGGUUGGAGAGAAGGACAAAAAAGGAGGAGAAGAACAAGCCGGACAUCCAACCAAACAACACCAGCCGCCGCGCCUCCUCAUCACAGAACUGACCACUUCCUCCUUCCUGCCCUCCGUCAUGGACCUUCAGAAGGACGUGCUGCUGUUCUACUACACUCAGUGGUGCGGCUUCUGCUCCGUUCUCAACCACGUAAUCAUCCAGUUGGCCAGAUUACUACAAGGAAACAGCACCAUCACUGUGGCCCGGGUGAAUGUUGCCCGUAAUGAUCUUCCUUGGGAGUUCAUGGUGGAUCAUGUCCCCACCAUUCUUCUGUUUCCCAAAUACAGAAAAAACCUCAGCGUGAAGUUUCCAGAAGACCUGCCCAUCACGUUACCCAACCUCCUCCACUUCAUCCUGCAGCACUGUGGUUCUCCGACCUACGCAGACAAACCAGUGACGUCCUCAGCCGAGCCAGACGGGUCAGGAGCCAGCUCUAUCCUCCGCGCAGAGUUUUUGGUGCUCCAGCGAGAGGUUCAGGCGCUCCAUCACGCCCGUGAGCGCCUCUCCCAACAGCUGGCGCAGCUGUGGCGCGAAAACCGACGACUGACAUUUUAUACGAAUAGCUUAGGGGCCCAGAACACAGAGCUGCAGCGAGAAAGGAACAGCUUAGAGGAGCAGCACCGGGAGAAAAGCCGACAGCUCGGGGAGGCGGUGAGACGGCUGCAAGAGCUGGCGGACACCUCCGAAAACCUGCUGAAUGAAAACACACUGCUCAGGAUCCUGCUGAGGGCGCUGAAAGACAGGACGGAGGCGGAGGUGGAGAGAAAAGAGGCAGAACAGAAAAGAAGCCACAUGGCCUCCUGAACUUAAGUCUGCGGGGGAUUCCUGUGAGGAAAAAAGCAGAGGCAGCAGGGCCUGGAAAUGAAGAGAGGACUGAAAUGGAAGAGGAAAAAGCUGAGUAGACCUGAGAUGUGGAGAAACAGGAAGGAACUUUGAAGAAGCUGAAGUGAGGAGGACACGACAUGCUACAUUUUGUCAUGAGGACGAAAUAGCAGUUGUGAUGAAAAUUUAAGACUGCUGCUAAGUCAGAACAGAAGUAGGAAGCACUCAAAAGAAAAAAAAGGUGGAGCGAGUGAAGCUGCAGUGUUUCUCAGAGACAAGUAACACUGUAAUGAUUGUGGGGCUCAUCCACACUUAGGAACACACUAGGAUGAGAAAUCAGUGCCAAACGCCUGAUUUAAACUACUCUCUUCUGAUGCUGCGCUUGCAAAAAUGUAAUUUCUGUUAAUGGUGAAGGAGAAUCCUGAAACUUUCUAUACAGCGACUGACCCUGCAGCCAAAUUCUCUCCCAUCCCUGACGUAGGCGCUAACCUGCUGCCCUACAAGCUGUGAGUCAGUAAUGAUGUCUUCUCUACCACCGUCUACUUUUAUAUCAAUGCACAGCAGAAAGCAGGCGCAUUAACACAGGUCAGUGAUGUAGAAUUUGGCUGCAGGACGGCUGCGAGGGCUACUAAUGAAGCUGAGGCGCUGAUCUGUAGGAGAAGCCUUUGAUCACUUGAAAUAAUCAGCAAGAAUUUUCUUUUCUUUUUUUUUUUGAAGGGGAUAUAGUUGUUUUGUUAAACUGAUCUAUUUUUACAGGAAUCCUUGAAUCACUAAAAUAUAAUUUCUACGUAACUAUUCAGGUAUUAAGAAUGAGAUGCUGCAAUUGUUUACAUGUGAAAUAUUGCACCGGUUUUUACUGAUUAAAAUAAAAAAUCUUUCA